GAUAUAGAAGAAACUUUUAAAAAAAUUCAAUCACAUAAAGGUGUCAUUGGCGUUUUAAUUAUAAAUAAACAAGGAUCAGUUAUUAAAUCAACCUUUGACCAAGAUGUUAGUUUAAAUUAUUCAAAAGAAAUUUUAGAUAUUUUCCCAAAAGCAAACAAUCUUUUAAAAGUAAAUGAUAAUAAUGUAAGUGUAAAAUUAAUAUAA